UGUUUCUUAGACUGAGGGACUAGCCUACUUAGUUACGAGUAAAACAGAUAACACAGUGCCUCCAAGGAAUUUAGUUUACAGAUUACACAAACUGAUACAGUUUAAAGAAUGCAGAGAGCUUACGGACUCCAACCUGACAGGCAUAUGCUCAUAUCUUGGUCAUGACUUAUGAGGAAAACAGAGGGUCAUGUAUCUGAAGGCGGCCGCAAUUUCGAUGAAACUUCACCUGUAAUUCACAAUGCAAAAUGCUGCAUGAGUAAUUUCUCUCUAUCAUCUCAAUAGCCUACAUUCUAAUGGAAAAAAUUCUCGAGCUGUGAAAAGAAAAUUCCUGAUGGCAACACGUUUGGGCAUUGACUUGUCAGAUUGACCCGCGUCCUACCUACCUCAGCUCGACCCAGGCUGGGCCGCGUUGAAGAGACGCGUUUCCCCACGAUUCAUUGAGAGACUUGAAGUCAAGUCAACCUCAGCUUCAGCCUAUCAGCUAUAUACACCCAAGAUUUGUUCGUCUCUCCCAGCCGACCCUGCUUCCUCCAGCUGUUACUUUCAGCUCACCUCGCCACUAUCUAAAUUGUCAGAGAUGACCACCGACACCAGCACUCUUCUAAGUACAUUGCCGAAAAAUAUACCAGCAAGCUUUCUCAAGCAAAUCACAGAUGGUUUCUCUCCUGAGCGAGAACUUGGUAAAGGUGCAUUUGGAACAGUCUACAAGGGAAUUCUGGAGGAUGGGGAAGUGAUUGCUGUCAAGAAGCUUGAGGAAAACCCUCCUAUGGGACAUGAGAAAACAUUUAGCAAUGAGGUCGGAAAUCUUAUGGCAGUCCAGCAUGGAAAUAUAGUGAAGUUGGUUGGCUUCUGCCAUGAAUCACAGAAGAAGUUGGUGCCGCACAAUGGAAGAUACAUAAUUGUAGAUAUAACUGAAGUUUUACUCUGCUAUGAGUAUCUACCUAAGGGAAGCCUUGACAAGUAUCUAUUUGCUGAAUCUAAUAGAAUUGACUGGGACACACGGUUUAAAAUAGUUAAAGGAAUCUGCAAAGGUUUACAUUUCCUACAUAAGGAAAUGGAUGGCCCUGUUGUUCAUAUGGAUCUUAAGCCUGAAAAUAUUUUGUUGGAUGAUAACAUGGUCCCCAAAAUUGCGGACUUUGGACUUUCAAGGCUAUUCGGUCAAGAGCAGACCCGGAUGCACACUCAAAAUGUUGUGGGAUCAUUAGGAUACAUGGCUCCAGAGUAUUUAUAUAGAGGUGAAAUCUCUGCCCAGUCAGACAUAUAUAGUUUAGGUCUCCUAAUCAUUCAGAUCAGCACCGGAGAAAAGAAUAUACCCGAUGCUGAAGACAACUGUGGAAAGAAAUUUAUUGAGAAAGUACGCAAAAACUGGACAGAUCGCCACAUAACAUCCAUGUAUGCAUCGUUCGAUGCAGAUCGCCUUCAGCAAAUUGAAAUGUGUGUUGAAAUUGGGCUACAAUGUGUGGAACAUGAACGCGAGAAGAGACCACCAAUAGUGGAUAUUGUAGACAAGCUCAAUGGAAGCACUCAGUCUAAAUGGUGCAUGCAUGAGAGGUCUCUCAAUCCCAACAAGUUUUCAAUAAUUUGGUCUCCAGAGGACCACAGAUCUGCAUCAAAGAUGGAUAAAGCAUGUUCGAUUAUUAAUAGAGGACCUGAAAUGUAUUCAGGAAUAAGAUAAUUUCUGAUAUCAUGUCGUUAUGAGAACUAUCAAAUUUUAUUCUUUCCAUUGACAGGACAACUUCUUCUCUAAAUAUCUUUUCUUUGAACAAUUCUUAACUUUUAGA